GGAAGCGGAAGCCGACCCCCCCGCCCCCCGGCAGCGGAGCCGCCGCAGGCCCCAUGGACACGGCGGAGCUGGCGCCCCGGGGGCUGUAGGAGCCUCCGCCACCACAGGCCCUGCGAUGUCGGGGUCCCUGAGCAAGCGCAGUGACCUGGCCAACGACAACAGCUGCCUGGGGCUGAGCCUGGCGCUGCAGGGCCCCCCCGAGCACGGGGAGCUGCUGCUGGCCAAGGCCCCCCCCGGCUCGCCCCAGGGCCACCACCUCCAUGGGAGCACGGAGCUGGGGGGCGGCGGGGGCCCGCCCCCCCCGGCCGGCGAGGAGCCCGCCAAUGCCAAGUGGGUGAAGGAGGGUCAGAACCAGCUGCGCCGGGCAGCCGAGCGGGACCAGAACCGCAACGAGCUGGGCCCCCCCCCCGAGGAGCUGGAGGUGGCCGCACGCAACGCCCGCAAUGCUGCCGGCAGGGGGGCCCUGCUCAUCGACCUGCGGGGUGCCCCCGAGGAGGAGGAGGAAGAGGAGGAGGAUGAUGACGGGGACGACGCGGAGGAUGGGGACGGGGACUCCACCCCGGUGCAGAGCGACCCCGCCACGGCCGAGUCAGAGCCCAGCGGGGAGCGGGCGCCGCGUGAGCAGGGCCGCAGCGCCAGCCGUCUCUUCGGGGCGCGCAGCGGCACUGCCAGCGACGAGGACUCCAGCUGGGCCACGCUCAGCCAGGGCAGCCCGGCCGGCAGCUCCCCCGACGACGCAGACUCCUUCUGGACCCGGAACUCCUUCGAGACGGACUCAGACCUGCCUGCGGGAUGGAUGCGGGUGCAGGACACCUCGGGCACCUACUACUGGCACAUCCCCACUGGCACCACGCAGUGGGAGCCCCCGGCAGGGCUUGCCCGCGGCUCCCAGGGCAGCACCCCCUGCGAGGAGCAGCCGCUCGCCUGGACGGGCUUCGCUCCGGCUGAACGCUUUGGCAAUGGCGAUUUCUGGAAGGACCCCACGGCAGAGGAGGCAGAUGGCGAGCCUGGAGUGCAGGACGCGGAGCCACUGGCACCAGACCCGGCCUCGCCGGGCAUCAGUGCGGUCCUGGCUGAGGAGGACGAGCCGGGCUCCAAGAGCUUCCCUGUGCGCUCGCUGGGCUGGGUGGAGAUGAGCGAGGAGGAGUUGGCGCCUGGGAGGAGCAGCGUUGCCGUCAACAACUGCAUCCGCCAGCUGUCCCUGCACCAGCAUGGAGCGCCGGGUGCCUGGGGGGGGGGCCGGGCCAUGCUGCUGCUCCUGCAGAGCCAGACGCUGAAGCUGGUGGACCCGCAGGACCAGACCCUGCUGCACGCACAGCCCGUGGCCAGCAUCCGUGUCUGGGGCGUGGGGCGUGACAGUGGCAGGGACUUUGCCUACGUGGCCCGGGACCAGCUGACGCAGAUGCUCAAGUGCCAUGUCUUCCGCUGCGAGAGCCCCGCCAAGGACAUCGCCACCAGCCUGCAUGAGGUCUGCUCCCAGAUCAUGGUGGAGCGGCGAAGCACCCGGGCGCUGGCUAACGGCCUCUCCAUGGACUCCUCCAGGAUGGUGGAGAUCCCCUUCCAGGUGGAGUUCCCGGUGCCCAAGAGCGAGGUGGUGCAGAAGUUCCCGGUCUGCUACCUGGGCUGCGUACCUGUCACAAAGCCCGUGGGCAUGGAUGUCAUCAACGCGGCGCUGGAGGCGGCGCUGGCCACCAGCAGCAAAGAGCAUUGGACCCCCAUUGUGGUCAACGUGGCACCUGCCACGCUCACCAUCACCCAUGAGCAGACGGAGGCGGUGCUGUGCGAGUGCCGUGUGCGGUUCCUCUCCUUCAUGGGCGUGGGCCGGGACGUCCGCUCCUUCGCCUUCAUCAUGGCCAGCGCCCCCGGCGCCUUCUGCUGCCACAUGGUCUGGUGUGAGCCCAACGCGGCAGGGCUGAGCGAGGCGCUGCAGGCUGCCUGCAUGCUGCGCUACCAGAAGUGCUUGGACGCCCGGCCCCAGGCCUCCAGCUCCUGCCUGCCCGCGCCGCCUGCUGACUCAGUGGCCCGCCGGGUGGGCUCCACCGUCCGCAAGGGCGUGCAGACCCUGCUGGGCAGCCUGAAGCCGAAGCGCAUGGGGGCACAGACGCCGUGAUCAGAGCAGAGGGGAGUGACCAGACCCCUGCCCGCCCCAUGCUCCUGCCUGCUGCAACCAGGACGGGACUGGGACGGGGCAGCUGCACCGGGUGCCGUGGGGCACAUGCCUGCGCCGGGGCACGUGUGUGUGUGUGAGUGUCCCUGGGCGGGUGGCAGCAGCGUCCCACGUGUGGGUCCCUGUGCUCGUGCGUGCCUGCAGGGUGGCAGGGCCGGGCCCGGGGCCCUGUCCCGUGCACAGGGUGGCCUCACCGCCUCCUGGGACGGGCGCUGCCCAGCCAGGGCGCAGGCUGCCUGCCCGAUGCAUGCGGUCUAACCUGCAGUGCGGGGGCCCUGCCAGGGCUGCCCAGCUCUGGAGCUGCCCCUCCUGCUGUAACAAAGAUCUGUGUUGUACUAAAUAAUUAAUAAACCCAUUCCACCAGCCCGG